UAAUGGCGUAAUAUUUUUGUUCAUAUAACAAUAAUUUGGAAUUUAAUUUUUGUUGACACCCAAUUUCGGACUAGUGAUUUGUAAGCCAUUGCGGUUGUCAUUAAUUUCUUCUUAUUAAAUAAUAUUAUUAUCCGUAUUACAUAAUACGGAUUUGACUGUUAAUCGAUCAAGUCCGCUUAGUAUAUUGCGAUAAACGGGUUACACGUCUUUUCUAAACGCCCGUUUAUGCACUGCAGUUCCGCCGAAUUGUUGUAUGGAUUAGAUUAACACGAAUAACACUUCCGGUCUUAUUUUUGCACUUGCGUUUUCGCCAUCACUAUAACAUGGUGCCCUCCGGUGCACUGGUCCUGAUUGCCGUAUGCUGUUUCUCGUUUAUCGGUCCGACGUUCAUGUCGUCCGACUAUUCGGAGGAGUCUUCGAACAAAAUCUUACAGAAUAAUAAUGUAGACAUCAAAAACGAUGACCGCAAGGGUCCGGUAGAAGGAAAGCAGACGCUCAAAUUCUUGUAUUGGUAUGUAUGAUUCGUAAUUCCUGUAUUGGAAGGUAUUGGCCCGGCUUGUCUUGGAUGCUUCCAAGGAAGUUUACAUUUAAAAUAGUUUAAAUAAAAAGAGACGANGGGGGGGGGGGGGGAGGGGGGGUUAAAAUAUUUUUAAUGAAAUAAAUUAUAUAUAGAGUUUGUAGUUAGUCUUUGUUAUAUUAUAAAUAUAUACCUACUAUAAAAAUUUCGGAGGGUGUUUGAACCCCUAAAACCACCCCCUGGAUACGAGCUUGGGCGUAGGUUGUAGUGGGAGGUGCGGGGGAGGCAAAUGGUAUUGUCCAUAUAAUAAGUAAUAAUAUAUUAGAAUUUUGACGGCAAAACCAUUUAUAAUAUUGAUAAAAACUGUUUCCACUUCUGAACUAUAGAAAUAUAAAAUAAAUUUAUUUAUAAACAUAAAAUUAUUUUAUGUCAGUGAUCUGAAGUAAAAAGUGACAAAAAGUGACAUUUUUUGUUGCAUUUUGGUUCAAGUUGGAACAUUGUGGUGAUUAUUUUUUAAUUUUCCGAGCGGUUUUCAAAAUAACGCUGAAAAACCGGAGAAAAAUAUUUAGGAAAAACUUAUGAAGCAUUACCGAUUUUAUUAUUUAAAAUUUGUACGCAUUAUGUUUUCUACCAGAAAUCUCAAUUCAUUCAAAAAUAUAUUGAGACCUUUUUUGUUUUUUUCAAAAAAUAUUUUCAAAAUAUUCUGUGAUAUGGCAUUUGCUGGUUUUCAUGUAGUUUUUAUUUGGUAUGUACUCUGUGGAUAAAAUUGUUUGACAAAGUAGAGAUACUUGAAGAUUAAAACGAGAUUUAUUAGGAGAAGACUUAUUUACUGACCUGACUAAACUACCCCGAACCAGGUACUUCAUUCCCUAGCCAGGCUGAAAUUUGGAACAAUCAUCUAUAAGUACAUGAUCGACCUUAUAUCCAAAAAUUAACUUUCCAAUAUCACUAAUCUCCCUUCAUGGUCGGUAUGCAAGAAAACUAUACAGAAUAUUUAUUAAUAAGUUGUACUUAGUAAUUAGUGGUAAAAUAAAAAAAAGCUGAUAUUAGCUUACUGCCUACUGCUGAUAGAUGUGCCACUGUUGUAGGUGAUAAGUCAGGACGGUAGGAUACAUAAAGUUAUUUAAUUUAUAUCUGUAAACAACGAUAAACCAUUGCUAACGAAAAACGAUUCUGAUUGGAGUUCUGUUAUACAUGUAUUGAAAGGCUAUUACAUUUACAAUUUAAAAAUAAUACAACUCAUACAUUUUUACAAUUUUUUUCAUUUAUUAUGAAAACCACUUAGAAAAUUAAAAAAUGACCUCCUUGAAGUACCACCUCAGGAAAAUUUACUUUCAGAAAAAGUGCUACAAUUAAAAAUUGAGGCAAGAUUUCUGUUAAAAAAGUUGUUCAUUGAUAUAAAAAAUAAAUGUUGUAAAACUUGGAGGAACAUAUUGACAUUACUUGCUUCACUUAGAAUCUAAAAAAAAAUUUACUUAGAAACUUAAAAACAAAUUACCUACUCACCAUCUAGAUUAAAAAUUCAACAAAGGUCAACAAGAUUUCUGGUAGAAAAUAUAAUUCGGAAAAUUUUUUUAAUAAUGAAAUUGUAUGCUGUAAAUUUGUUCAUUUUAAUUUCUCCUAUUUUCUGGUUUUCCCAAUUAUUAUGAAUACUACUGAGAAAUCAAAAAUGGCUUGCUUUGUGAACAACUAGAUCUGUCUAUAAAUAACUUUUCUGCGUGUAAAUAAUAAAAUUAAUAUAAAAUAUUAUAUAUUAUAUAGUGUUAUCUAAAUACUAAUAAUUGUCAAUAUUCAUUUUUUUUUUUAUUUUUCAUUUCAUCCCUAUCAUUGAAUAUCAUCCAAUCAAGAAAAAUAAUUUUAUUUUUUACUUUUUAAAAUUUUUAAAGUAAGUAAUUUGUUAAGUAUAUUAUUCUAAACAUUUUAAUGUAUCAUGCAUUCAUAUUUGAUCAAUGGUUUCUUAGUAAUAGCCAUUUUAAUUUCUAAUAAUUACCUUAUGUUACAAGUUACAACUGCAUUGCAAACAGUUGUAAUGGGUAAAUCUCAGGGUUAGUAAUAUAUGUGUAUAAAUGUUUAAUGUAUAAAACUUUAUAACGACUAAUACUUUUUUUUUUUUUUUUUAAAAGUUUAUUAUAAUAAUGAUAAUACUGUACAUUUAAAAUUUUAAUAAGUUUUUAAAUUUAUACAUUAAUUUAACAAAUUAACAAAUCACAUCAACUUAGUGAAUUUUCUUAAAUUUAGAAUAAAAUAAAAACAAAACAAAUUAUUUUUUGGUAAUAUAUAUAAUAUAUUAUAAAAAUUAUUAGUUAUUAAUAAAAAAUAAAGAUGAAUUUAGUAAUUAAUAUAACAAAUUAUUACUUAUAAGAUAUAUCAAAUGAUGAUCAAAUUUGAUUGAUAAUUAUUUUAUCUGUUAAUUUCUGUUCAAUUGCGGCCAAAAAAAAAAUAAAAUAUAAAUUAUAAUAUAUAAAACAUAUACAACUACUAGUUUUAUGCGUUCCAAACCUGGUAAAUCUUGCAACCAAUAACAGGUUCUAGUACCUAUUUGCCCCUAACUGAGUUUUGAGUUGCAUCAUGAAUUAAGAUCUUCAUUAAGAUAUCUUAAAAAUUAAUUUGUUUUUGUAUCAAUUAAUAUGACUGACACCUUUUAUGAUACAUUUUAAAGUGGUGAUUUCUCGAAUUCACUCAUGGCUAAUAGUUUUUUUUUUUAGAUUCUGAGUGGAUUGUGGUUUUACAAAGAUGUUUAUCUUUUACUUAUUUAUUAUUUGAACAACUUUUCAACCAGCAAUUUUGCUCAGAUUUACAGUGAUUAUACUUUUUCUAAAAGAAAAUCUGACUCUGGAGGUACUUUAAGUAGGUAAUUUUUUGAUUUUCCCAUUAAUUGUUGACAAAGCAACACUAUCUACUGAACUCCGCUCAGAAUCGUUUUUUCCUUAGCAAUGGUUUAUCAUUGCUUACAGUUAUUCAUUAAAUUUCUUCUCUACUACUUUCCUAACUUUUAACCUACAACGGUGACUACAUCCACGUGCUUCUUAGUAUCACUGUAAUUCUUUGUGAACUAAUUUUGUUAUUUUGUGGUAAUAUUUAUGGUUUUUGUAAAAAAUUCUAUAACUGAUUAUUCUAUACAAUUUAACUGUAAACAUCUUAUUACACACACAACAAGAUACAUACUGAAAAUAUUAUUGUCAAUGAGGUAGGAUGGUAUAUGAGUAAAAACUAAAAACUAGUUAUAUUUGUAUUGAAAUUAUAUAAAUAAGUAAGCACACAUAUUAUGUUACCCUAUAAUACAAGUAGGUUACAUACUAAUUUCGAUUUUCGCUUAGUAAGUUAAAUAACUACAUCAUAGGUUGGCAUCUCUUACAAUUGUGAAUGGGGCUUAUUAAUUAUUAUUUAGUAAUUGUAUUUAGUUUUUGAGUUAUCAGCAUUUUAAAUUACAUAUUUUCUGUAGUUUAAUAUUUGGUAAAACAUGUAGAAAGGACAUAAAAUGUAAAUAACUUUCAUUAUUUAUAGUUUUGUUGUAAUUUGAUUAGAAAUAUUUAUAGAAAUCUGAAUUUCAAAACAUUCUGAUGAUUGUAUUUAUUAUAUAUAUAUAUAUGUAUGAUAACAUAAGUAUAAUUAAUUUAAUUUAAUAUAUUUUUUAGUUAUUCUUGUGGUUAUCAAAAAGCAUUUGAUCACUAUUCGAGUAUUCUUGAAGACAAAUAUCCUGAACUUAACAUUGUUGGUGCAAAUUAUAAUCCAUCAAUAAUGCAUUUAAUUGGAGCUAAAAUAUUGGUAAGUUGGUUGGUUUAAAAAUUAUUUUUAUUAAAUAACUGAUUUUGAUAUGAAAUAUAUAUAUAUAUAUAUUUUUUUUUUCUAGAGUGUUGCAAAAAUGUUAACUAUAAUUGCUAUUGGGUCUGGCGUUAAUUUUUUUGAAUACAUUGGCAAAGAUCAACCAAAUUGGUGGAUUUGGUGUGUAUCAAAUAAAAUUUAUGCAUGUCUUGUUGUAUUUUUCGGCUCAAAUAUGUUUGAAGGAAUGCUCAUUUCAACUGGGGCAUUUGAGUUGUACUUUAAUGGUAAUUAUUUACAUAUAAUGCAAACUUAAUACACAGCACACUCAAAUACAAGAAAAAUAGUAAUAAUAUGGAUGUGUUUAUAAAUAGUUCUCACAAAUAAUUUUAUGUUUGCAAUUAUAACAGUGCAGCAAAUGAAAUUUUAAGGAUUAUUUGUUUGUAGCUUUUCAUGUUUUAAUUGUUUUACCCAAAGUUUAUUUUAUUAUUUUAUCAAUGAGCCAAUAAUUUUUUUUUGAAAUAUACUUCAUAGUAGAUAUUUGGUUCCAUUUUUUAUUUACUUACCUAUGCAACUAUACAACAUUCAUGGUACAAGCAGUCAUUAAUUUAUCAUCCAUAUUCUUCAUUUUGAAAAUAUAUAUAAAACCACUCCACGGGAAUACCAAAAUUUCACUAUAUUCAUAGACAAUAGUUAAAUUAAAUACAUUAAAUACAUAUGUUUGGUGGUUAUGAGUGUAAUGUUUGAAAAUAUGACAUUUGAGGCAUAUGUGUGUUAUGUUUGUAUUUUAUUUUACCUAAAAAGUUAGUAAAAAUUAAUAAUUAAUAAUUAAUUAAUUUGCAGACAUUCCAGUAUGGUCAAAACUUCAAACAGGAAGGAUACCUCAGCCUAUAGAAUUAUUUCAAAUAAUUGAUAACUAUUUAAUGUUUGAUAGUCCUUAUACUUCAUAGGUAUUUGUUUACAGUGUUUAUAUUUAAAAAAAAAACCUUUGUCUAAAAGCUUAUAGUUUGUUUCUUUGUAAUAUGCAUUAAUAUCAAAUCAAUAACAACAAAAAUUUGAUUGCAACCAAACUACAAUAAAUUGUGAUCUAGUUGCAGGUGUAAGUUGCUUUGAUAAAAACUUUUCCCAUAUGGUUUUAAAUUUUGAAUGAAUGAGUCUUAUUAUAUAUAUAACAAAUGUUCAUGGUUAUUUCAAUAUUUUUAGAGUCAUUAUUGAGUAUUCAGUAAAUCUUUAAUAAGCUUAUAUUUGUAGAUUAGAAAUAAUUCGAUACAUUCCAUUAUAUUAUAUUUAGAUUAAUUGUUUUUAAAAAUGAUCAGUAUGUAAAAUUAAAGUUACAUUGUAUUGUAUUUGUUUGUUAUUUUGAACAAAAAAUAGAUAUAGAAUUAUUUACCGAUUUCAUAUAUUGUUAAAUUCUAUAUUUUAUUUAGAUCUCCUCUCUUCAGAUUUAACAUAUACAACAAAAAAAAAUUAAAUUUCUAUAAAAUACUUAUGUUGUCAAACCCGAAUUUGUUUAAUUAAUAAUAAAUGUAUUAUAUUUG